AUGUCUUCAUCAGGAAUCCAACCCCGCACCACUGCCGCUGUUCGAGACACAGCUUUUCAUCUAGCCGGCUGCAGCGCGUACAUGGCCAUCAUAUUUAAAUCUCUCUCAUGCUGUAUGAAACACACCCCGCAAUACCUCGUUCUCGUUGGACCGAUCAUUAUCUGGCUCUUUAUCUUGACCCUUCAUCAAACUUAUAAGGGACUCAAAGAGGUCAUCGAGGAAUGGGAGAGCGACGGGGCUAUCGGACAGAGACCCAAGCAGGGAACACAGAGAACCGGGAAAUCGAAGAGAAAGAAUCAUCGGGGUGGAGUUAAGGCUAAGAAGGCGAAGGGCAAGCGAGAGGAUACCGGAAGCUCGAACUCUGGAGAGAACUAA